AUGAUCUCCACCGUACUCAGUUGGCUGUUUCUGGUGUCCUUCAUCGUGCUGACUAUCGGCGGGAAUGUGCUGGUGUGUUUGGCUGUGGGGCUCAGCCGCCGUCUGCGCCGCAUUGCUAACUGCUUUAUUGUGUCGCUAGCCGUGACGGAUCUGUUGCUGGGCCUGCUGGUGUUGCCCCUCUCUGCCACCCUGGAGUUGCGGAGUGGACACUGGCCCCUGGGAGGCACCCUAUGUAACGUCUAUGUGUCUCUGGAUGUGAUGCUCUGUACGGCCUCCAUCCUGACCCUGCUGGCCAUCAGUGUGGACCGUUACCUGGCCAUCUCAGCCCCACUCUGCUACCCCCGCAGGGUCACCCCUCCCCGAGUAGCCCUGGCCAUCACCACUAUCUGGGUCACUUCCCUGGCCAUGUCCUUCCUCCCCAUCCACCUGGGCUGGAACACGGCUGACUUCAGGGUGCAGAACCUGGACUGGGGCAUUUGGGAUGAGGUGGAGGAGGGACGCACCUGCCGCUUUGAGUGGCAUAACAACUACGUGCUCCUAGAUGCCUUUGGCACCUUCUACCUCCCGCUACUGGUCAUGUGCGGGAUGUACCACCGCGUCUUUCAGAUAGCACGCAAACAGGUACGGCGUAUCCGAGCUGCCACUCCUUCAUUCGCCCCCACAGCAUCAGCGGCGGCCACAGUGCGGGAGCACAAGGCUACAGUGACUCUAGCAGCAGUUCUGGGGGCCUUCAUUAUCUGCUGGUUCCCCUAUUACACCUUCUUUGCCUGCAUGGGCAUCGGAGCAGAGACUAACCCCCCUACUACUGCCCACUCUGUGGUGCUGUGGCUGGGCUACUUUAACUCCGCUGUCAACCCCAUCCUGUACCCGGCCCUGAACCGGGACUUCCGCAGGGCGUAUGGGGAGCUGAUGUGCUGCAGGGGGCCGUGGUGGAGACGCAUGUCCACAACUAUCCGCGUGUCCUUGCAGAAACGAGUGCCCCUCUCUAGCGAACACAUAGACACUCAUCUGACCAAUGGCCACACAGACACCCUCCCUAAAGACAAUCAGCCGGAGGGAAAGAGCCUCACCCUGCAGAAGACCAACGGCAGCACCAUUGCUGACCAGACCAGUAGUAGUGACCUACCGUUGGGAUUACUGAAGGUCAAGACAGCUGAUGACCUCCAGGGAGAAGUUGUCUUCCUCCAGACCAGAGAUGACCUCCACCAGCAAGCUGAGCUCUAA